UUCUUGGCAAAAUCCUCGAACUUAACCAACACAAGCAAAAAAUCAACAGAAUCUAAUCCAAUCUCCUCUCCAAUUCCGUGUCCUUCUUUUGUUUCUUCAUUUUUCUCAGCUCGUAGUUUCCCUUAAUUUUUGUGAGCCGUUGCUUUUUUGGGGCGUAUAAAAUCGGAGCCAGGACGAGCUUUAGGGUUGGCAUUUAGCUCUCGCGCCGUUUAUUCGAAACCAUGGAUUAAUAAUACAUCCAAACCAAUAAAUCCAAAAAAUAAAAAAAAGUAAAUAAAAAUUGCAACUUUGUGGCUCUGCUACAGACGAAGAAGCAGAAAGGCAAGGUCUUUCUCCGUUUCACCGCUGCCUUCCAUUACAAUCUGGCAACGGGGAGGCCAGCAUUUCGGCGCAUGUUCUGGUUGGGGUUCUUCUCCAUUUGACAGAUAUUUUCUUUCAGUCUGGCCGCUACUGCAAAAUCAAUUCCCUCUCGCACCUCUAAAAAGGUGUGGGGUAAUAAUGAGAGAGUGAUUUUGCUUUGUGUUUUAAGGAGAUCGAGAUCAUCACACAUCUGGAGAUUGUGCCGUGUUUCAGUGGGUUUGUACGCUUGAUUAUGGCUAAUGACAUUCGUGGCUGCCCUUUCGGAAGUUUGAUGGUAGUUUUUCUGUGUACUUAGCAAGGUCAGUUUGUUCAUACAGGUUUCCAGACAGUAAUGAGCACAAUAGUUUCUCGUUGAUAGUUUCUGGCGUAGUCAAAGGUAGUUCGCGUGUUGAUGUAGCUCACUAGCUCUUAUAUUUUUCCAGCAAUGGUUAGGUUUUCAUGUUUCCAAGCUAACGUCCAUUGCCCCAAACCUAAGAAAAGUAUUCAACCUUCUGUUGAUAUAAUGCAUAAAACAUUGCAAACUUCUUCUCGAAAUCAAGUUUUGAAGGAUUCGCCUGGAAAAUCAAGCGUAAACCCAUCACAGUCUAAAGGAGUUUCUCAAGUUAACAGCAGUUGGAAGCAUGUGUCUUCCCUUGAGGCUGAUUGGAAAGCAGGUGAUAUGGAAAGCAGCUAUAUCAAUGAAAGUAGCAGCAAGGUUACUCAGGCAGCACGGCCCAUAAAAUGUAGGUCUCUAGGAAGUGAAUUAUACCUUGAGGGGAGGGCUUCUGCUGACAAUGAUGCUGGGGACGGGACUGAUCAAGGAGUUUCUUCUGACGGUUCUCUUCAUCGGAAUGGAUUGGUGGUACCCGAGGGAAGUAGGGACCGAGGAGACAGCCCACCUCAACCAUCUAAGACAACUCCUGCUUCUGACCUUGGUCAAGUAAGUUCUGAAAUUGUCAAUAAUGAAUCAAUUUUUUCGAUUGGAGAACCAUUACAAUCAGAAAAGGACGGCCAUGAAAACUGUGAUACUCCAACAUCUGGAGAGUUUGCUGAUGACUCUGCUGACCUCACACCUCGUACUGCAAAAGGGCUUGUUAAAUCUUGUUCUCUUGCAAACAUUAGUGCUUCUACUCUGGCUACUGAAGAGAGUUCUCUUGUUAAUCGUUUAGCAGUGCAUUCAAGAUCUUCCGAGGACAUGCAUGUCCUAGGGAUGAGGGGGAAAGGGAAUUCAGUACAUGAGACUGAAAUGCAGGUAAAGCAAGAACAAGAAAGAGAUGAUAUUGUAAGUAAAGCUGAGAACGAUAAUAUUGAAAACUCCAUCGAUGAUGGCUAUGAUUCCUGUAACUACUCUAGUUUUGCAAAGGACUGGAUAAUGCCACCUGCAGAUGAGAUAAGGGCAGAGAAAAACCUCCAAGGAGAAUCCUCAGUUCAAAGUUGGGAUGAAUUGCCAAACAAGGAUUUUAAAUAUAAGCGUAUCGAGGAGUGGGUUAAUAAUCUUCAGCAUAGCAGCAGUCUGGUGGAAGAAACGAAUGAAUUGUCCCAAUCUAAUGAUCAGGUGAAGAGAGAGUCCAAUGAUUCAAACAGUUUGACUGCUGCGAAGGUGGAUGGUAAGGUCACUCCUGGCAUGGAAGCUGCUAAGCGAUAUAUAUCUUCUCUGAGUGCAGCUGCCACCACAGCUCAGCUUGCAAAUCAUGGAUUGGUAGUGAUCCCAUUCCUUAGUGCUUUUGUAAAUCUCAGGGUGCUCAAUUUAUCAGGAAAUUCCAUAGUAAGGAUAACUGCUGGAGCUCUUCCUCGAGGACUCCAUAUGUUGAAUCUUUCAAAAAACGGUAUUUCUACUAUCGAAGGUUUGCGUGAACUCACAAGACUUCGUGUACUGGACCUGAGCUAUAACAGGAUUUUGAGAAUCGGACAUGGUAGUUUCUCUUGUUCGUCUCUAAAGGAAUUGUACUUGGCUGGAAACAAAAUCAGUGAGGUGGAGGGUCUUCAUCGCCUCCUAAAACUGACUGUUCUGGAUCUGCGCUUCAACAAAAUCUCAACGGCAAAAUGUCUUGGUCAACUGGCGGCUAACUACAAUUCCUUACAAGCCAUCAGCCUGGAAGGAAACCCAGCUCAGAAGAAUGUCGGCGAUGACCAAUUGAAGAAAUACCUGCAAGGACUUCUUCCCCACAUGGUUUACUACAACCGGCAGCAAAUCAAGUCCAGCACUCUCAAGGACGCUGCAGAUCGGUCAGUACGCUUAGGCAUUAGCAACCAUCAGUUUGAUCGCAGCCUUAGACCCGAUCACAAGGCUCCAAGGAAGGCUAGUCACGGUGUAUCUUCUAAAAAGCCAUCGACUUCAUCAACUCACGGUCAUGCAAGUCAAUCUGUAGCGUCACUGAAAAAGUCUCGGGGCAGGCACAGCCACCUCCCUCCGAGUGGAACAAAAGUAACAGCGACGAGUCGGCAGCACUACUUCGACUUGGGCAGCAGAAUUAUGAACCUCAAGCAGGAUCUCUCGAUGCGCAGGAGUCGGAGUGAGGGAACUAUGGCAGCCAUGUGAAAUUUAUUUCAAGCUUUGUAUCGGAUCAUAUACAUUACUUGAGUUUCGGUGUGUGGAUUUCUACAUUUGCAUUUUGUGUAACUUCUGAAAUUCUGUAUUUUUUGUGUGCUUACCGAACACCCUAUUAGUGAAUGGUUGAAUUAUCUUUUGCAAGCA